UGCAGAAGAAAUCCCCAUCGAGGUGCUGAGACAGAGGGAGGCAAAAUGGCUGGAUAUGCUCAACAACUGGGACAAGUGGAUGGCCAAAAAACACAGGAAGGUGAAGGAGCGCUGUCAAAAGGGGAUUCCUCCAUCGCUGCGUGGCCGGGCCUGGCUCUACCUCACUGGGGGGAAAGUGAAAAGGGAACAAAACCAAGGCAGAUUUCAGGAACUGGAUGAUCAGUCAGGAGAUCCCAAAUGGGUAGACAUCAUUGAGAGGGACCUCCAUCGACAGUUUCCCUUCCACGAAAUGUUUUCAGCAAGAGGAGGUCAUGGGCAGCAGGACCUGCUCCGGGUUCUGAAGGCUUACACUCUGCAUCGUCCUGAUGAGGGUUAUUGUCAGGCUCAGGCUCCCAUAGCUGCUGUUCUCCUGAUGCAUAUGCCGGCUGAG